ACGGAAAGGAAAUAUCCCCCCCCAAAUUUCACACUUUUUCCCCGCCAUUUAUUUUAUCUCUUUUAAUUUUUUUUUCUUUCUUCCCAAAUCUGUUCUCUUUUUUCUUAGGGCUUAAAACCCCUUCUGUUCUUGGUUUUUUCAAAUGAAACCCUAAUUCCUUUUAAAUUACCCUUAGAUUCCUACAAUAUUUACUAAAAGAACCACUCAUUUUCAACUCUCUUCAUGCUCUCUAUCUGCACCAAAUCCCUCACGGAUCGAUGAGCAAUCCAAGUAGCUCGUCCUGGGUCUCGGAUCAACCGGGGCAGAGGUUAAUGGACAUGGCCCACUGUGGCAUCGGCUUGACCAACACCAUCCACUCUGAGGUGGCGCAGUGCUUGCCGCUUCCUUCGUUGCCUGUUUUCUGUGGUGCUUCGGAUCUGGAGCUCCGGCUGUUUGACGACCCGGCUGUUGGAGCUUCCAGGUCUUUGAACCGACCGCAAAUUAUAGCUCAGGCUGGUCGAAUUGCUGAUCUGCUUCGCGAAACUGACGUUUCAUAUCUGAAUCUUAGGGAUGAGGCAGGUUCAGUUUCGCAUGACCAUUUGGAGCCCUUGGAACUUCAUGCACAAGUUCUCCAAUACAACCCUGCAGCAUUUGAGUAUGUUACCCCUGGUCUUGUCAAGGGAAAAAACUCUGGUGGUGCUAUGUUUGAAAGGAAGCCAUCUGAGUCAAGUGCUCCUCUUAUUGGUCAAUUCCAAAGAGAGACUCGCAGCAAUCGCAAUAAGCAGACUGAUGUUGUUGCUAAUGAUAUGCCAAAAUCGUCUUCCAAGAAGCCAAAAAUCAAGAAAAAGGCUGAUGACACUGGGUCAUCAGUUCUACCUGAUCCUACAGAGCUUCAAGAUGCUAUAAUUGGGAACUUCCGUGAGCUGCUAGAAGACUUCUGCAGCAGAGCUCAAAUUCCUACUGAUGAUAGGGAUGAGAUGGAGUGGUUAUCAUUGCCAGUUAAUGAUGUUAGAAUGCUUGUAAAUGAAAUUAUGUCAGUACGUGCAAAGAGACUUCUACAUUUGGUUCCUGUAGAUAUUCUUGUGAAAUUGUUACGGGUUCUAGAUCAUCAGAUACAUCGGGCAGAAGGCUUGUCUAUUGAUGAAUGUGAACAUCAAGACUCAGAUGUAUUCUCAUUAGUAUUCUGUGCCCUGGAGUCCAUUCAUGCUUCUUUGGCAAUAAUGGCACAUAAUGACAUGCCAAAGCAAUUAUACCAUGAAGAGAUUAUUGAAAGGAUUUUAGAGUUCUCUAGGCACCAGAUAACAGAUGUUAUGUCAGCUUAUGACCCAUCAUAUCGUGCCUUGCAUAAACCAAGUGAAAAUGGAGCAGUUGAAGAUGAUGAUGAUGAGGAGCCUGAUGCUGAACUGGGGUCUGCUAGCAAGAAAAGACGGAGUACCAAGACUGCUAAAGCAAAGAAAUCAGCGUUAAAUAAGGUCUCUGGUGCUGUGAAUGCUAUACUACAAAAGCUCUGCACAAUUCUUGGUUUACUCAAAGACUUGUUGUUGAUUGAGAAGUUAUCUGAUAGUUGUGUUCUACAACUAUUAAAGACAAGCUUCACUACUUUUUUGGUGGACAACAUUCAGCUCUUGCAACUCAAAGCAAUUGGCUUGCUAACUGGGAUAUUCUACUCAUAUACCCAACAUAGAACAUAUAUAAUAGAUGAAAUGGUUCAGCUUCUCUGGAAGUUGCCUGUUUCAAAGCGAGCAUUAAGAGCGUAUCACCUACCUGAUGAAGAACAGAGGCAGAUCCAGAUGAUUACAGCUUUGCUGAUUCAGUUGGUUCAUAGCAGUGCUAACCUUCCUGAAGCUUUAAAGCAAACAUCAAUUGGAAGUCCCAUCUUGGAAGUGUCAGUUGAUGCUGGUUAUUUAACUAAAUGCCAUGAAUCUGUUCAGGAUACAUGUUGUCAUUUCUGGACUCGUGUCCUUCAACGUCUUGCUUCUGUAAAGACUCAAGAGGCCUCUGAGUUGAAACUGAUGAUUGAGAAUCUUGUCACUGAUUUACUGACAACAUUAAAUCUACCUGAAUACCCUGCUGCUGCUCCUAUUUUAGAGGUUCUUUGUGUUUUACUGCUCCAAAAUGCAGGUCUGAAAUCUAAGGAUACCUCUGUUCGUGCAAUGGCAAUUGAUCUUCUGGGCACAAUAGCAGCAAGGUUGAAGCAUGAUGCUCUCCUCAAUAGGAAGGACAAGUUCUGGAUAUCGGAAGAAUUGCUUAGUGGGGAUGAUACUGAUCGUAGUUACCCAAAAGGUGCAUGUUCCAUUUGUUUUGAUGGAAAGGAAGAGAAAGUGUUAUAUAGGUGUCAAGGUUGUCAAAGAUUUUUCCACAGUGAUUGUAUGGGGGUAAGAGAACAAGAAGGUCCUAACCGUAGUUGGUACUGCCAGUUUUGCAUGUGUAAGAAGCAGCUUCUUGUAUUGCAAUCAUACUGUGAAUCGCAGUACAAGGAUAAUGAGAAACCGAAACGUGGUCGCUCAGAAAGUUCUAAAUCUUCUGAUCCAAUUACGAAAGUUGAAAUUAUUCAGCAGAUGCUUUUGAAUCAUCUUCAAGAUACUGCUUCUGCUGAUGAUGUCCAUCUUUUUGUUCGAUGGUGUUAUCUUUGCUUAUGGUAUAAAGAUGGCCCGAAAUCUCAACAAAAUUUCAAGUACUAUGUUUCUAGACUGAGAUCAAAAGCAAUAGUGCGUGAUUCGGGGACUGUUUCUUCACUGUUUUUAAGGGAUUCAGUCAAGAAAAUUGCUUUAGCACUGGGACAAAAUAAUUCUUUCUCUAGAGGAUUUGACAAGAUUCUUUACUUGCUUCUGGUUAGCUUAAGAGAAAACUCCCCUGUGAUUAGGGCCAAGGCUUUACGAGCAGUUAGUAUUAUUGUAGAAGUUGAUCCAGAGGUAUUAGGUGACAAACGUGUUCAAGUGGCUGUUGAGGGAAGGUUUUGUGACUCUGCAAUAUCUGUCAGGGAAGCUGCAUUGGAACUAGUUGGCAGGCACAUUGCUUCACAUCCAGAUGUUAGUUUAAAGUACUUUGAGAAGGUAGCAGAGAGGAUUAAAGAUACUGGAGUCAGCGUACGGAAACGAGCAAUCAAAAUUAUUCGAGAUAUGUGCAAUGCGGAUCCUAACUUCUCAGGGUUUACAAAUGCUUGCAUUGAGAUUAUUUCUCGUGUUAGUGAUGAUGAAUCAAGUAUUCAGGAUCUUGUUUGUAAGACAUUUUAUGAGUUCUGGUUUGAAGAACCUUCUGGAAUGCAGACUCAGUAUCCUGGAGAUGGUAGUUCCAUUCCUUUGGAGGUGGCUAAGAAGACUGAACAGAUUGUUGAAACACUGAGGCAGUUGCCUAAUCAUCAGUUUCUUGUAACUGUCAUUAAGCGUAACUUGGUCCUUGAUUUUUUCCCUCAAUCAGCGAAAGCUGCUGGAAUCAACCCUGUCUCCCUUGCUGCGGUACGCAGGCGAUGUGAAGUGAUGUGCAAGUGCUUAUUGGAAAGAAUAUUGCAGACAGAAGAAACAAGUAAUGUGGAAGCAGAAGUUCCUACACUCCCCUAUGUUUUGGCCUUGCACGCAUUUUGUGUUGUGGACCCAUCACUUUGCAUGCCAGCUUCAGAUCCUUCCCAAUUUGUUAUCACGCUACAGCCUUACCUUAAGAGUCAGGUUGAUAACAGAGUUGGUGCACAGUUACUGGAGAGUAUAAUCUUUGUAAUUGAUGCCGUUGUGCCGUUGAUGCGAAAGUUGCCUCCUAGUGUUGGUGAUGAACUAAAACAAGAUCUGAAGCACAUGAUCGUCCGGCAUUCCUUUUUGACUGUUGUCCACGCUUGCAUCAAGUGUCUUUGUUCAGUGAGUAGAAAGGCAGGGAAUACUGGUGAUGUUGUUGAGUAUCUCAUUCAGUUAUUUUUCAAACUAUUGGAUUCCCGAGCAACUGAUAACAAGCAGCAAGUGGGGCGCUCUCUCUUCUGUCUUGGAUUACUUAUCCGCUAUGGAAAUUCUUUGUUUGGUGGUUCUAGUAGCAAAAAUAUUGAUGUUGCUAGCAGUAUUAGUUUGUUUAAAAAGUAUCUUCAAAUGGAUGAUUUUAGCAUAAAGGUUAGAUCUUUGCAGGCAUUAGGUUUCGCUCUAAUUGCUAGGCCUGAAUAUAUGUUGGAAAAGGACAUUGGAAAGAUUUUAGAGGCAGCAUUAGCAGCGAGUUCUAAUGUUCGUCUUAAGAUGCAAAUGUUACAAAAUUUGUUGGAAUAUCUUCUUGAUGCGGAAAGUCAAAUGGAAACGGAUAAAGUGAGUGAUGAUCAAGUUCAGUAUACUGUAGAAGGUGGCCACAGUGUCCCUGUAGCUGCGGGUGCUGGCGAUACUAACAUUUGUGGGGGUAUAGUCCAGCUGUAUUGGGAUAAUAUUCUGGGGAGAUGCCUGGACUUUAACGAAGAAGUUCGCCAAUCCGCCCUAAAGAUAGUGGAAGUAGUUCUUCGACAAGGACUUGUUCAUCCUAUUACUUGUGUCCCAUACCUUAUAGCCCUAGAAACGGAUCCUCUGGACGUCAACCAAAAGUUGGCUCAUCAUUUGCUAAUGAAUAUGAAUGAGAAAUAUCCUGCUUUUUUCGAGAGCCGACUGGGGGAUGGGCUUCAGCUGUCAUUUAUCUUCAUGCGCUCAAUUAGUGGCAAUGCACUUGAAAAUCCAAAUGAAAAAUCCCAAUCAAAGCUUCCUGGAAAUUUGAAAGGGAAAUCUGAUGCUGGUUCUUUAACACAAGCAAGGCUGGGAGUUUCUAGAAUUUACAAGCUAAUUCGUGGAAAUCGGGUUGCUAGGAACAAAUUCAUGUCCUCAAUUGUGCGCAAAUUUGAUAAUCCUAGCUGGAACGAUUCCGUUAUACCUUUCUUGAUGUAUUGUACGGAAACUCUUGCUUUGUUACCAUUUUCAUCUCCUGAUGAACCACUUUAUUUGAUCUACGCCAUAAAUCGAGUGAUACAAGUCAGAGCAGGGGCUCUUGAGGCAAAUUUGAAAAUCUUGAGUUCAAAUUUGCUGCAAACAGAUGCUCAGAUGAUGACUAGUAAUAACGGGAUAGUUCAGCCGGAUUAUAGUCAAGCUGCUUAUAAUCAUAUGGCUACGCUAGAUUUGAACGGAACAUUUCAGGAGCCGCCUGUGGUUCAGCCUCCUUUCUUUCACAUGACAUCAAUCGAUUUGAAUGGUACAAUCCAGCAAAACUUCAGUUAUCAGUCUAUUUCAGAUUAUCCUCCUGCAAUUGAGACAACAAUGCAUAAGAUGGCCCCUUCUGAACCUCGUUCUCUUUCCAAAGAUGAAAUUCAAAAAAUCCAGGCUGACGUUCUUGCUGCUACUGCAUUACAGCUUCUUAUGAAGCUAAAAAGACAUCUAAAAAUUGUUUAUAGCCUGAAUGAUCAAAGAUGCCAGGCCUUUUCUCCAACUGAACCCAUAAAGCCGGGGGAUGUUCUAACGAGGCAGAACGUUCCCUUUGACAUCGGUGAAACACAGACAACCUUGCCUAGCACCUAUCAAGAAUUGGUGCAGAGAUAUCAGGAAUACAAAAAUGCGUUGAGGGAAGAUGCAAUCGAUUACUCAACAUUCACAGCCAACAUCAAAAGGAAGCGACCAACUCCGAGGAAAGGAGGAAAAGCGGUGCGAACGACCGGUGGUGGGGAUGAAGACGAUGAUUACGAUGAAGAGUGGACAGGUGGGAGUGGUGUUCGUCGGAUGAGUAACAGCGGACGGAAAAGUUACAACAUAAGAAGCAGCAGUCGGCAGCGAUAGUAGAGAUGUAAAUAUAAAAAUGACAGGUACGCUAACAUGUACAUUAGAAUGAAGGAAAAAAAGAAAUGAGAUAGGGAGGUUUAGGUUGAUGAGGACUGCUUGGGUUUUUAUUCAUUUUAGAUGGUUUCCAUUUUGUAGUGUUUUUAAUUCAAAUCCACUUUUGAUAUUUUAAGAAUUGGAUGUUUGGGUCAUUGCUGCUGCCUUGGCAACACACCAUUUGUAACUUUUGUGGUCUUUUUAUAAGAUGGAAAAAAAUUAAUGAAA